GGAAAUCUUUCUUCUUUAUCAUCACUGCGCAUGACGAAUUCCCAAACUAGCCUCUCCCUUCCUCAACGCUUUCAGUCUGCCCUCACAUUAUGCGCCUGCGUACUACUAUCAGGGGCUCCAGAAUAGGGAGAAUCGGUGGGAGUUAGCAAGCUGUGUAAUGGCGGCCUCUGUGUUGCUGUCUGCGGAGAACACCGGACUUACUUUUGCGGUCGGCAAUUCUGGAACUGUAGGGGCUCCCGGGAAUGGAGUAGGGGUACCGGUUCCUGUACCUUGGAAUCGGUCACUGGACAGGGCAUUAGACGAAGCCUCGGCAACUGGUUGCCUCAACCUCAGCGGCAGGAAACUGAAGGAGUUCCCGAGGAGCGCCGCAAACCACGACCUCACAGACACAACUCGGGCCGACCUGUCCCGUAACCGUCUGCCAGAGCUGCCCGUGGAGGUGUGUAUGUUUGUCUCUUUGGAACACCUGCAGCUCUACCAGAACUGCCUGCGCUCGCUGCCUGAGAGUCUUCUCAAUCUCCAGGCCCUCACCUACCUGAACAUAAGUCGGAACCAGUUGUCGACCCUGCCCAGCCCGGUGUGCAGUCUGCCGUUGAAGGUCCUGAUCGCUUGUAACAACAAGCUGGUCUCCCUUCCCGAAGAGCUGGGCCAACUACGACAGCUCACAGAACUGGACGUGAGUUGUAAUGAUAUCCAGACACUCCCUCCUCAGGUUGGUCGACUGGACUCGCUGCGAGACCUCAACAUCCGCCGCAACCACCUGGCCCGCUUGCCCCCAGAGCUGGCUGCGUUGCCAUUGGUGCGUCUGGACUUUUCUUGUAACAAGGUGACAUCCAUCCCUGUGUGUUACCGCAACCUGCGUCACCUACAGAGCAUCGUGCUGGACAACAACCCCCUACAGAACCCACCCGCACAGAUUUGUAUAAAGGGGAUGAUCCAUAUAUUUAAGUAUCUGAACAAUGAGGCCAGCAAGACUACACCUGAGCUCCCAGACUACGACAGGAGACCCCUUGCCUUCGGAUCCUGUGUGGAGGAGCUGUACCCUGGCCGGCCGUACGGAGCGUUGGACUCUGGCUUCAACAGCGUGGACAGUGGAGACAAGAGAUGGUCAGGCAACGAGCCCACGGAUGAAUUGUCGGACCUGCCACUGCGUGUGGCAGAGAUCACCAAAGAACAGAGACAGCGGAGGGAGAGGGAGGAGCACAGGACGUCUGGCUCCCAUCCUGUUACCAACGGCACAUUAGAGGCAGAGCUGGAGCAGAUUGACUUUAUAGACAGUUGUACAGGAGAGGAGGAGGAGGCCCAGUUGUAUAGGAGAGGAGGAGGAGAAGUAGCAGAAACAAUCAGCCUCAGUUCCCAGUUCAUGGCUUACAUUGAGCGCCGUGUCACCAGAGAGGGCUCUCCAGUCAAGUCCAACUCCUCCAGAGACUCUAGGACAGACGACCCGAGGCGACACAAUUCUCUGCAGAACCGGACUGCCCAUGAUCCAGACUCUUCUGCCUCUCAUAAUCAGAGAGGGUCAGGGGCUGGGGUUGGUGCGGGUCCAAGCGGGGCACCGGGUGGGGGCAUGGAGCGCGUGCGGAGGAUGGCCCAGUUGGCCGCCCUGCGGUACGAGGAGGAGAGGCAGAAGUCACGCUCAGUGCAGCGGGACGCCGUCAUGACCUACGUCAAGCACAAAGCAUCUCAAAGCCCUACCAAGCUGAGUCCCACAGAGAACGAGAACACGUACCCCUCCAGGCGUUCUACCCACACGGACGACUCAGCCCUCUUCAUGUCUCUUUCCGGGUCUGGGAUGUCCAUAGAUAUCGUCCCCACGUGUCUACUGCAGCAGGGCGAGGAUCGCUGCUCCUCCCUGUCUCCCACGGCCCUCCAAUCACCUUCUUACCCCGGCCCUAUUGCCCCGCCCUCCUGCCAGGGGCCCGCCCAGCGGCCAGACAGCUUCUUGUUUCGCCUCAGCCAGAAGGAAGAGCAGAGGAGAGGUGAUGGUGCCGCCCCCAGGCCAGAGCCUGAAGAGGUGACCCCUACCCAGCCUCAAGGCCCCAUGGGAGAGGAGGCUGCUCUGGUGGAGCAACUGCGGAAGAACAUAGAGUCGCGUCUGAAAGUGUCCUUGCCCAGCGACCUGGGAGCAGCACUGACCGACGGGGUCGUCCUCUGCCAUCUGGCUAAUCAUGUGCGGCCGCGAUCCGUACCCAGCAUCCAUGUGCCCUCCCCUGCUGUGCCCAAACUGACGAUGGCCAAGUGUCGGCGGAAUGUGGAGAACUUUCUGGAGGCUUGUCGCAGGAUCGGGGUUCCACAGACCCAGCUGUGCCUGCCCCUCCACAUCCUGGAGGAGAGAGGGCUCCCCCUGGUGGCCGGGACGGUGCGUGCACUCCUGGAGCUGGCCCUGCCCAAAUACACAACCUCUCCUGCCACCACCACUAACCCACUGGCCAUGUAGGGCAGCAGAGUUCCACACUCACUCAUGGAUGGACAGACACAGGACCCACCCUCUCGCUCUCCGAAUGUACAUUAUAUGGCUUUCCCACUCAACCCCCCCCCGCCCCCUCAACCAUACAGGGUCACCCAGCCUUCCCAGACAGGUCUUCCCCAAUGAAGAGAUAUGAGGGAGCACGAGUAUGUCAAAGAAAGGGAUGACUGUCUCUUCCACUGUGUCCUCACACAGACUGCUUACGACUUGCAGCCUCUAAAGACUGACGGACGAACAGAUGAACAACCGAGAUUGUCCCAGACAAACGGUCAGUUGGACGGCGAGUAAGAGGGUUUUUUAUUUUCUAUUACUAGUCAUUCUCUCUCCAUCCUCCUCUUAUCUAUGUUCAGUAGGGGUUGUUUUAUUUUCUAUUAUUAUUAUUAUUUCAUAUUUUUCAUAUUCCUUUUACUUUCACAUGUUAGAUCCUUGCAUGUCAGAGGGGUUGGGUAGGUGUAUGGGGAAGGGUUAGGAGACUAGCAAGUUGUCGGUUGCCUAAGUAACCUUUAAGGUCAUGUGCUACAAAGAGCAACAAUAACGGUGGUGGUCUGUCGUCAUGGGAACAUUGAUGCUGCCAACACUUAAAAUGGCUGUUAUUAAAUGAACGUGUCUUUUUUUUUGUUAUGUGAUCAAAUCACGAGCUGGCUGAAUCUAAACCAAUGCUGGAUUAGAGAGGGAGAGGGCGCUCCUGGAAUCUCUACGCUUUAUACUUUCUCAAAAUGUGUACAAAACAUUACGAACACCUUCCUAAUAUUCAGUUGCACCCCUUUUUGCCCUUAGAACAGCCUCAAUUCGUCAGGGCCUGGACUCGACAAGGUGUCGAAAGCAUUCUACAGGGAUGCUGGCCCAUGUUGACUCCAAUGCUUCCCACAGUUGUCAAGUUGGCUGGAUGUCCUUUGGGUGGUAAACCAUUAUUGAUACACACUGGAAACUGUAGAGUGUAAAAAGCCCAGCAUAGUUGCAGUUCUUGACAUAAACCGGUGAGCCUGGCACCUACUACCAUACCCCGUUCAAAGGCACUUAAAUAUCUUCUUGCCCAUUCACCCUCUGAAUGGCACACAUACACAAUCCAUGUCUCAAUUGUCUUAAAACUCCUUCUUUAACCUGUCUCCUCGCCUUCAUCUACACUGAUUGAAGUGGAUUUAAUAAAGGAUCAGCUUUCACCUGGUCAGUUGGUCAUGGAAAAAGCAGGUUUUCUUAAUGUUUUGUACCCUCAGGGUCAUUAUACAGAAGUGGUGUAAACUGGGACAAAAAAAUAAAUCACAUUUGUAUCCUAUUUUCCCCCAACUUUCAGCACACGUCUUCCAACAUAUUUCAGGUAGACAUAUAUAUACUACUCACACACUUUGUUUGUAUUGCAUAUUUUAAAUAUUUAUCUGAAUUUACCUUACACCCCCCCCGAAAAAAAAAGCGUUAUUCCGAAACAUAGUGAAAAAGUUGCAAUAAAGGAAGAACCAUGCACAAUAGUGAUCAUUUUGAUUAACCUUCUAUUAUAGAUUCAUUGGAGAAAUAAUUUGCAAACAAAAUUGACAAAAUAACAGGCGUUUCGGUGGCACGGGUGUCAAUCAUAGACAUAAAUGGAGGACUCCGAAAGAUAUAACUCGUUUCAGUGUAGACAUUGCCAUAGAGGGCUUCCACUAUUUAAAAGUAGUCAACUGUGUGGGGAUUCCUAUGGGUUUGGCAGUGAUCAGCCAAUGAUCAGAGGGCUUCCUCAAAUUGGGUUUCCUAUUGUUUGUAAACCCACGAGUAAGGUAAUAUCCAGAAGCCAAGGCCAAGAUUUAUACCAGGACUUUGGUCCCAAGAUCCAGACCCAGUGAGUUGAGACCAUGACAAGUUAAAGACCGAAUGUGGUCUUGAGGGGGACUCAGUCAGGCUUUCAAUUUACUCCUAAAUGUUGUAUAAUGCACAAUGUUUGAGUGGGCACAUGGUGGUCCUCUGUAGCUCAGUUGGUAGAUCAUGGCGCAUGCAACUUUAAAUGAAGAUGGCCUCAAUGGCACUGCCGGUGCUGUCACAGACGCCAUAAUGGCGUAGUCAAAGAUGAAACCUCUAUCUCUCCAUGGUGUCAAUUGUUUCGGUUGUGACUUUUUCAGUUUGACUUAUUUUGAACAUCAAAUGAGGUUGGUGGCGCCUUAAUUUGGGAUUUGGGAGGACAGGCUUGUUGUCAUUGGCUGGAGCGGAAUACAUGGAAUGGUAUGAAACACAUGAUUUGUUACCAUUCCAUUUGCUCCGUUCCAGCCAUUAUUAUGAGCCGUCCUCCCCUCAGCAGCCUCCACUGGCUAACAUAUUGCUAGCUAUCUUUAAUUUCCACAGCCUUAUUCUAAAACAUACAAUAUUUUUUUCACCUCAUCAAUCUACACACAAUACCCCAUAUUAACCAAGAGGAAGCAGUUUUUUAAAUUAAUUAUCUUAUUUACAUAACUUUUCAGAUCUUUUGCUAUGAGACUCGAAAUUGAGCUCAGGUGCAUCCUGUUUCCAUUGAUCAUCCUUGAGAUGUUUCUACAACUUGAUUGGACAUGAUUUGGAAAGGCACACACCUGUCUAUAUAAGGUCCCACAGUUGACAGUGCAUGUUAAAGCAAAAACCAAACCAUGAGGUCGAAGAAAUUGUCCGUAGAGCUCCGAGACAGGAUUGUGUUGACUCACAGAUCUGGGGAAGAGUACCAAAAAAUGUCUGCAGCAUUGAAGGUCCCCAAAAACAUAGUGGCCUCCAUUAUUCUUAAGGGAGGUGACCAAGAACCCGAUGGUCAUUCUGACAGGGCUCCUGAGUUCCUCUGUGGAGAUGGGAGAACUUUCCAGAAGGACAACCAUCUCUGCAGCUCUCCACUGAUCAGGCCUUUAUGGUAGAGUGGCCAGACGUAAGCCAUUCCUCAGUAAAAGGCACAUGACAGCCCACUUUGAGUUUCCCGAAAUGCACCCAAAGGAUUCUCAGACCAUGAGAAACAAGAUUCUCUGCUCUGAUGAAACCAAGAUUGAACUCUUUAGUCUGAAUACCAAGCGUCACGUCUGGAGGAAACCUGGCACCGUCCCUACGGUGAAGCAUGGUGGUGGCAGCAUCAUGCUGUGGGUCUGUUUUUCAGUGGCAGGGACUGGGAGACUAGUCAGGAUCGAGGGAAAGAUGAACAGAGCAAAGUACAGAGAUCCUUGAUGAAAACCUGCUCCAGAGUGCUCAGGACCUCAGACUGGGGCCAAGGUUCACCUUCCAACAAGACAAUGACCCUAAGCACACAGCCAAGACAACACAGGACUGGCUUCAGGACACGUCUCUGAAUGUCCUUGAGGGGCCCAGCCAGAGCCCGGAAUCUCUGGAGAGACUUGAAAAUAGCUGUGCAGCGGCGCUCCCCAUCCAACCUGACAGAGCUUGAGAGGAUCUGCAGAGAAGAAUGGGAGAAACUCCCCAAAUACAUGUGUGCCAAGCUUGUAGAGUCAAGGUUGUAAUCGUGCUUCAACAAAGUACGAAAUAGAGGGCCUGAAUACUUAUGUAAAUAUGAUAUUUCCGUUUUUUUUUUAUACAUGUGCAAAAAUGUUUCAAAAAUAUAAAUAAAUAUAUCAUCAUAGGGUAUUGGGAUGAGGGAAAUAAACAAUUUAAUCCAUUUUAGAAUAAGCUGUAACAUAACAUAAUGUGGAAAAAGUCAAGGGGUCUGAAUACUUUCCGAAUGCACUGUAUGUACAUAUGUACAUCCCUGUAUGUACAUCCCAAAAGAGAACUUUACACAUUUCUUGAUAUAGGAGAUGUUCGGUACUGACACUAUUUAAAAAUAGAUGAAGAUUUACCAACUCAAAAAUUUGAUCUGAAAUGUUUCCAGAUAGACUACUCACCAUGUGGUCAUGCUGGAGAGGGGUGCAAUCCCAUCACCUGGUGAUAUUUGUAGGAGUUUCUUAAUGCACAGUCUUUUAUUGUGUAUGUAUAGUUAGUGACGUCAAUGUGGGACAGCAUUUUUUUUAUUUUUUAGAAAGAUGUUUAAAAAUCAACUGCUAAUUAGAUCAGUAUCUUUCAAUAUAAUAAUAAAACACCUCUCAGUAGAAAUAAGUGUAUAAACAAUUACUUUUUACUAUAUUAAUUUAACAAUAUAUUUGGUAUUGCCUUGGAUUGAAUUAGAACAUAUCGUGAUGUAUAUAGAUGUCCUAAGUUUGGAGACUUAACUUUAAAAUAUAUAUAUAUAUAUUAUAUAUAUAUAUAUAUAUAUUAUAUAUAUAUAUAUAUAGUUUUUUUCGGGGUGGGAUUGCAAUUUGCACCACUUGUGUAGAAUCACCCAUGUAUAAAGCUGUAAUUCAUGUGUUUUUCCACAAGGAGUUGUGUUCUCGUGUAGCUACAUGGAUUGGACGAUGUCCCUAAGUGCUGGGCCAGGGAAGUAAAAUAUUAAGUACUAUAAGAUAGAAAACAGGCCUCUUAAAGGGUUAGUGUUACGAGUGGGAUUGGUUCAAGCUGAUCCUCGACCAGUGUUUCCAGGCAACUUCUUCCUUGAGCACAGCUCAGUCAAGUCUCUAAUCAAAGGCGUGUGUAUGGGCAGGUUGACUGACAGCAUGACAUCAAGGCCUGCAACUUUGCAUUAGUAUCUGCUUUUAUCUUGCAGGUUCUGGGGCUAAACAUACACUACCUUUUUUAUUCUCUACGAACCACCUCAUCACUUUCACAGUUGAGUUCAACAUGGAGAGUUGAGACCGUAGACAAGUAGUAGUGAAUAUGACAUAGUGUCUCCCUCAUGCACAGAACUCAUCUUUUAUCACUACAUGUUGCUAAGCUUGUAUGACAUUCAAAUGGAUCUACAGAUUGAACUAUUGAUAGUGUUCAAGACACCUUUCCAAUUCUCAUGAUCAAGUUGUUUUUGGUGAAUUGUUCAACCACACCUUAUAGACACAAUGUGGCUCUUGCUACACACAGGUGUGCAUAUUGCUAAUUUGAUCUGGCAGCGGUUACAGUAAUCUGCCAGACCGGAACAGUAUUUAUUUGUCACUAGCGCUGUCCUUAGUGAAACCCCAUUGAGAAGGCCAUGUUCAUUAGGCACCAAACAGAAGAAAACACACUGAAACAGGAAUUACCUGUACUUGUCCAAUAAGAAACAUUGCAGUUCAGUUGCAUGCCCUAAUGAACAUGGCCCAGCUCUACUUAGAGCAGUGUUACCCACAGAAAGUCAGGUUAACGGACUGACUCUUAGUUCUGAGGCAGACACAACCUCUCGUUCCCAGGGAGGGGGAUGAGGGAGUGCUAGCCACAGAGCUGGCAAUAAUACUCUGGUGAAGACUGACCUGAGGACCACUGAUUGAUGGGAUCUUGUAGGCAGAUUCCCAGCCUCCCUUUUCAGAACUCUAUCUAAAAGAAAGUUAAAAUGGUAAAAACAUACCUCUAAUAUAUAUUUUUCCCUUCAAAAGCUAUGUAGGCUGCCUACAGAGAUGCACAUCCCUACAGUAAAAGCUACGUAGGCUGUCUACUUAGAUGCACAUCCCUAUAGUAAAGGCUACGUAGGCUGCCUACUUAGAUGCACAUCCCUACAGUAAAAGCUAUGUAGGCUGCCUACUUAGAUGCACAUCCCUAUAGUAAAGGCUACGUAGGCUGCCUACUUAGAUGCACAUCCCUAUAGUAAAGGCUACGUAGGCUGCCUACUUAGAUGCACAUCCCUACAGUAAAAGCUACAUAGGCUGCCUACUUAGAUGCACAUCCCUAUAGUAAAGGCUACGUAGGCUGCCUACUUAGAUGUACAUCCCUAUAGUAAAAGCUACGUAGGCUGCCUACUUAGAUGCACAUCCCUACAGUAAAAGCGAUGUAAACUGGGAAUCUGCCUACGUAGAUUCUGAAGUGAAAAAAUAUAUCAGCGGUAUGUUUUUACCAUUUUAACUUUGUUUUAGAUAGACUCAGAGUUCUCAAAAGGGAAGUUAAAGGUGAUUUUAAAUAUAUUAUAAAUGUUUUGUUUUGAUAUUUUCACCCUUACUGACUUUGGCUUUCUCUAGCAGGAAUCAUGUGCCCCUACUGCUGGGUCUGGACCCUGUGACAUAUGUACAGUAAAAUAGAUACAUUCCAUGUGUUUACAAGUAGGUACCACAUAAAGAGAGGACCUUCUUUCAUGACCGCAACAUGGGUCUUUUUAACUUUAAAUUUUUACACCGUUUGCUGAGAAAUUGUCCCUGAAAACAUGUACAAAAUUGAAUUAUUAUUUUCUGGAAUUAAUAUUUGGCAUUAAUAAAAGUGACCCAUAUCAGUC